AUGCGGUCGGGGCUGGAAAAGCCAGGUGCAAUUCCGUUUUUGGCGCUUGUUGUCUUUUCGCUGCUUAGCUUGGUGCCGUCGUUAUCAUGGGAUUGGGGGUCUAAUUGGAAGAAUGGGUGGUAUACUGGGAGUGAGGUCCGACCAAUUGGUGCAGAUUUUUCGCGAUUCGUCAAGGAUGGUUCUGUUGAUACUCGUUUGAGGGUCCGGGCAACAAGCGGUCAGUGUUGGCCGUGGUUGUGUGGUGAUUCCCUGCCUCGUUCGCGUCCUGCUGCGGUUCCGAGCUCGUUUGAGACUGCAUCUGUUUUGCCAAACGAUGCUCCCACGGUGUAUCCGUGGAAACAUUCUUCGACCCUUACUCGAAGCAUUCGUGCUUUCACAGCCUUCAUCCAGCAGUUGGAUGGCCGUCAGUUGCUACCGUCUUUUUCUACUCGGAGCGUACCUCCGGUCGAGACAGCGUCGUCGCAUCCUCCAUCGAACCUUUCCGACGUUCCUUCCUUACCGUUACCUUCAUUGCGUGACGACUCUUUUGAGCAGAUGGUAUAUGACAAUAAUUAUACGACCUUGAUGAUCAACAAAACCGAUACAAAUCCUAAACUACAGUUUUGCGAUCGUUUCAGUGGUGCAUGGCAGCAGGCCUGUCUCACCGUCCACGAUACAGUGAAGACAUUUUCUACUUCCUAUGACGCUAUAGACUCAACAUAUCUACCUAAUUCUUCAAUACAGCCGCCCGUUUCACCUCCUUCGGAUACUCACCAACUAAAGCUACCACUGCAACACAACGUGUCCGAACCUACCGUCGCACCCAAAACAAUACCGUCCGCAAAUGCAGCUGCAGUCCUCUCCGGCGACUCGCAGGAUGCAGGGAGCGGUCGAAACCCCAAGCAAGUCCGUGGUAGCUGCAUGGCUAUCGUAAUCGGCUUGGUGGUGGGAAUCAUGUGGUUUUGA